AUUGCGCGGCAGACAGGUGUUUGGAAGAAAAUGUGUAGGUUAAAUGUGAUACAGUUUAAUAACCAUUAAAGUGGCGCUGAAAAACGGAGAGAAAGGCAAGAAUUGGUGCAAAAAGUUCCAAACUCAAGACAUUUGUUUGUUUUGUUGUUUCUGCGUCAUCGUCUGGAUGGCAGAUGAACGAGCUAACAACAGGAUCCAACGGCUAACGGCUAACAGCUAACGAAAGGACGAAAAAGGGAAAAUUCUGACAUCUCACGUACAAUUAAAAGGUCAAGUGUAGCAGACAGAAGAAGUAAUCAAGGUCGAGAGAAGAGAAAGGGUCCCAUGAUCUCUGCCGGUGAUGCCGAGUUCCCGCGGGAUUACCACACCCUGGCUGCCGGCGGCGGCGGCCGCGGGGCCCGGCGGUUCCCCGACAACAGCAAUGGGGGGUUCACGUCAUCCUCGCUGGACCGCCGGCACAACUCCGUGGCCGCCAAGAGCCUGGAGGCCCUGAACAGCAUCCACAAGGCCGACAUCGAGCGCCAACGAGACGCCCUCAUGGAUCUCCAGAAAAACAAGUACUCCAACAGCCCCGGCAGCAUGUCGCAAGGCUCUGCCGCUGCUGGACGACAGCAACAACCAAACUACUGGAGCUUCAAGACUCGCACGCCACGUGUGACACGACUCAGCCCAACACAGCCGGCUCUUGCUGACCAGGCCAGCAGGGUAUCCUUUGCGUCAGCUGAAAAUCUGGAGACCAUGUCAGAGCCUGAUAUCCCCAUCGGCUUUAACCGGAUGAACCGGCUUCGCCAGAGCCUGCCUCUGGCCCGUUCGUCCAGCCAGGCCAAGCUGCGGGCGCCAGGGAUCUUGUUCCUCCAACUUGGGGAGGAGACUCGCAGGGUGCACCUGACCCACGAGCUCACCAGCCUGGAUACUCUGAGGGCCCUCAUUGUGCACAUGUUCCCCCAGAGGCUCACCAUGGCCAUGCUCAGGUCUCCCAGCACGGCUCUGCUGAUCAAAGAUGAGACCCGUAACGUCUUCUAUGAGCUGGAGGACCCGCGAGACGUUCAGGACCGCUGCGUCAUUAAGAUUUACUGCAAAGAGCCCGUCUACGGCACCUACCCCGGACACCACAACCCACACCUGGCUAACGGAGACCUGCGGAGGGAGAUGGUUUAUGCACCUCAGGACUCUUCACCUAACCGCCGCCUCAGCAACCCGCCCAUGUCAUCCCAGCAUUCAUCUGCCUCUGCCUCGCCUCCCCAAGGCUCACCGUCCCGCGCCCGCCUCCUCUACAGCGGCGGCAGGCCUUCCUCUUACGCGGGGCCGCCCCACCACACCCACUCCCUGCCGCACCCGCACUCCCAGUCCCACCACUCCUCUCCCCACCAGCAACCGCAGCUCCACCAGCCCCCUCAACCUCAGCAGGCCUUCUGCGCCUCCUCCAGCGCCAUCCUGGAGCGCAGGGAUGUAAAGCCCGACGACGAAGUGGGGGGAUCCAGGAGCAUAAUGCUGCUACGGGGAGAUGACCGCGGGGGAGGGGGGAUCUACGCGGACCCCUACUCUCUGGGUCCCGAGACGAGCCGGCUGAGUCUUGCUGGAGGGCCUCACUCCCCUCUUCCAUCCAGAGCAGACCCCUACGGCUCCUUAUACCGGCGUGGAGGGGGAGGUGGAGGAGGAGCUGGAUCGGUGCGUUCACUCACCUCCUAUUCAGCCGCCGCUUUGCAAGGAGAGCUGAUCGAAAGCGGCGCUCUCUACAGACCAGGAGGACCGCUCUAUAACGACGCCUACGCCGCGUCUAUGUUGGCCAUGGGGCUGCGGGUGCCGCCGCCCUCCUCCCCACAAAAGAUACCCGACAUGAGGGAUUCCUACGGGGGCACCAUGCCCGGUCGGGGCUCCCCCGGGAGGCAGAGUUUGCGAAGGGACUCCGUGACCUCCUCUGUGUUUGGGGACAGUCCCAAAGCCAGGGGCCAGGGCUCAGGGUUGGGUCUCACCUCAGAGCAGCUCUGCUUGAUGGCCGUGCCUGGAGGGGAGGGAGGGAGCUCCGGAGGCUUCGGGUCACCUCUGCUGGGGAACGAGACGGAGACCAGGGAGCGUAUGGAGGCGAUGGAGAAGCAGAUAGCCAGCCUGACCGGGCUGCUGCAGAGAGUACUGAGCAGAGCUCCUGAGGCAGAAAGCCCGGAGAAGAUUGAGUCAGCCAGUGACUGCUCAGCAACUGACACUUUGACACCGUCUGCUCCCUUGGCCCUGAUGCCACCUCCACCCUCAGGGGGCAAUCAGCCGGUGACGGUGUCCAGACUGCAGAUGCAGCUCCACCUACAAGGCCUGCAGCAAAACACCAACGCACUGCGCAAACAGCUCUCUCAGCUGCGCAACAUGCAGCUGGAGAACCAGGACUCAGUCCUGUCCCUGCUGAAGCAGACGGAGUCGGAACUGAGCCUCAUGAUGCUGGACGCCACGCGCACCCAGGAGGACCCGCUCCAGAGACAGCGCCUCCUAGUGGAGGAGGAGAGACUCAAGUACCUCAACCAGGAGGAGCUGCUUAUCCAGCAGCUGCAUGACCUGGAGAAGUCAGUGGAGGAGCUGCAGAGGAACUCUUCAGUCAACCACGGCCUGGUGACCGAGCAGGACGUGGAGCAGAAGAGCAAAGAGCUGAGGAUGCUGGGAGAGACGCUUACUGAGCUCAAAAACCAGUUCCCCAGCCUGCAGAGUAAGAUGCGAGUGGUGCUGAGGGUGGAGGUGGAGGCUGUUAAGUUCCUGAAAGAGGAGCCUCACCGCCUGGACGCCCUGCUGAAGCGCUGCAACACCAUGACUGAUGCGCUCAGCACUCUCCGCAGUCUUUUGUAUCCCUCCUACAUGUGCAGACAAGUCACCGAGGGCGUCUGGAAAGGCCCUGAAGACGUCUCCGGCCAACCGCAGAAGAGAGCGGAGGACCUGAGCCGCAGCUCCGACCUGGAUAUCCUCAACAGUCCUCCUCUUAGUCUCACUGACCUGAACACCAGCGCCGGCCUGGCCAACUGGAUGCCCGUGUCCGCCGGUGACGCGGACGCCUCGGGCCCCGAGCAGGACAUCCAGCCUUCGAUGACCUUCAGAAACCGGGUUCUCGAUGAUCUGCCAAGCCGGCGUCCUGCAGAUAAAGCUGUGUCGGCUGAAGUCAGACUGGCGGCAGAGCGGGACUGGGAGGAGAAGCGUGCCAGCUUGACCCAGUUCAGCGCCCAGGACAUCAAUCGCUUGCUGGAAGAGACCCAGGCUGAGCUGAUGAAGGCCAUCCCGGACCUCGACUACGCUGCCAGGCACAUCAACAAACCGGCGGUGCCCCCCAAGCCCCAUAUCACCAUCCCAAUAACCUCCACCACAGUCACUUCUCCUGCAGCUGGGACCACUGGGACCACAGCCACUACCACCACACCCAGCGGGGACCAGCAGCCCAGCAAAGUGCAGCUGGCUGCCCAGAAGCUCAACAGCAUGGAGGGGGGUGGUUCACAUCGAGGGUCUGUCGACCUCAACGUGGCCAGGUACCGUACGGAAAAGCCCUCCAAGUCUCCGCCUCCGCCGCCACCUCGCCGAAGCUUCCCGUCGGUACACGGCAUCACCACCAACCGCACCGGGGAGGUCAUAGUCACCAAUAAGAAUCUGAAGAUGGAAGAAGAUGGUGACAUGCCUAAAACUCUUGUGAAGCUGAGGCGGACCCCCUCUGACACCCCUCGACCCGCCUCGACCCCGCCUGUGAUCGCAGCGUCGGCCAUUCAAGACGAGGACGACGAAGAGAAGAUUAUCGCUGAGCUAGAGAUAUUUCAGAGAACGCCUGUAAAAGAUUCCCCUUGUAAUAAACGGUACUGCACCCUACAAAAGGCCACCCCCGACCCUCCCUGCAUCUUGGGGUCCUUGGGCAGAAAGAACAGCAGUAACUCUCCGGGGCCGACGAAGGGUCCCACCGUGGCAGCCAGGCUCAAACACCUUCAACAAGGCAGCCUGGAGAGGCCCAAAACCCGCAAACAGAAAGAGGAUUUCCCCAAAGUCCAGGGCCAGCAGCAGGUAUUCCACUUCUAAAACCUCCACCUCUGAUGCUUCGUCUGCCUCUGACUCUCCUCUCUGCUGUCACUUCAAAGGAGGUCCCCCCCCACCCCCGUCCCCCUCUCCCUGCGACUUGGCCCUACCAGCAGACAAUAUGAGAUUACACAAAACCAGAAGGGGGAACUAUCUACAAAAACCUUGAUUUUUACCAGUUCUUGAUGUGUGUUUUGACAUUUGAGUUACUGGAUCUAAACUAGCUUGCUUAGAGAACAAGUUUUUGUCGUGCGAGUUAUGUCGAUGUUUUGAUUUCCCCGAGGAAGGUCUUGGUGGUGCUUGUGACUGAUUGAACAAGCUUUAUUAUGAUAAUAAUAAUAGUCAGAUCACUUCGGAUACAUCCUUUGCCUCCAAUGUGUGACAUAAUCUUCAAUAAUGCCACGGAACGAUUUCAUAUCUCAAGGUCGAAGUGAUAUUUCACCAUGAUCCAGCCAUGUAUUCUCUCCCUCUCAUCUCUCUCUCUCUCUCUCUCUCUGUUCAUCCGGUAAUUACCUCAUGCUGCUCUUUUUGUAUCACCCAUCUUUUAAAUAUGGAGGUUAGCAGGCGCUGCUGCAGCAGUUGCACAGUAUUUUAUUAUGACGAUGUGGCUCGUAUUCAACAGCCUGAAAGGUUCACAUUCCAGCCAAGAGGCCAAUCCAUUAAGCUACAGUAGCUCUCUUAGAAUUGCCUUUUAAUAGCUCUGAUGCUACAACUUAUUAUGCAAAAUGACAAGAGUGAAGCACAAAGUGCAAGGUUACCUGAAAAAGCUGUUUUUUUUGUUUUUGCCUUUUUAAAAAUUCUUUUUAGACAAGUGUCUCAAAUUUAAAGGAAAAAGAGACAAGGACUCAGUUUGUGGAUGGAAAAGGAAAAACUAAAUGGAAGCAAUGAAACGCAGAAGAGUUGAAUCUUUUAAGCAACUAAGGUUAAUUUUUUUUAAUUGUCAUUAUAUAAUAUAGGACUGCAGUAUGAAAUUCAGUUGUAGCCCCGUUAACGCUACACGCAUAGACGCAAAUAUUAAAAUAUUUUAAAGUAGAAUAGACUAGAACAAAGAAUAUAAAAGUAGCACUAAAAAAGAAAUUAAAAAGGAAAAACUAUAUUUUAUAUACAGGGAAUAUACAGUUAUGUGUAUACAUACAAAUAUGUACAAAAUAAACAUAAUAUGCAAGUUGUAAUGCAAAGAAAUCUUGAGAUAACACGAGUGCAGGAAGUGCAAAUGUGUGUAAUGUGCAUGAGAAGACAGAAAGUUACUAUUUAUAUAGUUAUAUUUCAAUGUAAAUUUCAAAGAUGUUUAUCUAGUUGUGCUUAACUUAAUGGAUUUAUAGCAUUGAAAUAUUUAAUAUUUUCUUUAUUUAUGUUGUUUGAAUUCCCCUCUUUGAUAUUUCCAGUAAUUUCAGGUUGUUGUACAAAAUUUGAGCGUCUUGGCUCUGAGGAUAAAUAGUCGAAUCAAACAUCUGUCAUUUCUAUCUGACUUUGUGAAUCUGAAAUUACACAAUUCUCACCACACAAAUUCAGACAGAUGGUUUUCAUUUAUUUAUUCCAACAUUAAAUAUUCAGGAGUGAUUAAAUUUCAGAAUUAGGCAUUCAGUUGCUUAUAAAAUUCAAAUUUAUGACCUUUCUUUGCUUCCGAACCCGCGUCCACACAUACAAAUUCAAACACAGGAUGCUAUUCUUUGUGGAUUUAAUCUCAUGACAUCUCGGUGCUGACGACCUCGACUUGAGACGUGUGGAGGUCGAGAAAAGUUUGAUUCAAGGCGAAUGUGCUCCUUGAGAAAAUCAAUUGUUUUCUAUGUAAAAGUGCGAAGCUGCUUCUUCAUUCAAUAUGAUUAAACUUCAACUAGCUACUUGGAGAAUAAAUAAGAAAAAACACAUCCAGACAUCUCUCAGGAAAAAGAACUACUUUGUACGCUAGUCUGAUGGCAAAGGGAGAAAAUAAACGCCCAAUCAGAGCUCAGUAUGUAAAUUACCGGCUCAACUCUAAAUGCCUGCAAGCUUCAGGCUGAUGAGAGGCGAGAGAGAGUCUGAAUGUGUGAACAGGAGGUUAAACUCAGUACUUGGCCGAUGAACUCUGAGGCACAGCCUUUAAAUGUGAAGCUCCACUCGUCUUAUCUGUUCCUGCAGACACUCCAAGCUGCCCCUGACCUGCUGAGUGGAGCAGCCUUGACCCAUCCUUGGCCACGGUCCUCUUAAAAAAGCGCUUUCAGAAAACGAUAACAGUCAGUCAGUCAGUCUCAGCCAGAGAGCACCUCAGCCGCUCACACAAUCCACGUCUUCUCAUCCUCUCUCCGUUACUUAUCUCCGAGACUGCAUUUGGGGCAGAUGCAGGAAUCUGUUCUGAUUAAUUGAUAAACUGAAAGGGGUUAUUUUUCUUUUUUUUACCCAUUAAAAAUGCAUUACCUCAUCUUUAAGAAAUGCGUAUAAAUAUGCCUUUUUAAGAGUUUAUUUUUCCAAACACACUCUGUAAGCAGCUUCUCCACAGCAGCUCGGAGACUUCACUCUGUAUCAGGUUAUAACUUCCCAGAGAGGACGGUGUCUUUGACAAUACCUCCCAUUAGCAGUUACACCAAUUAGCGCAUUGCUAACAUGGUUGACCUGGACUUGACACAGAGACACAAUCCGGGCGAACGUGGCACUCCUUCUGCAAAGAGACGGCCAGCAUUAGUAUUCAUGACCGGUCGUAUCUUGUGCUGAUCUGAAUAUCAACUCUAAUGUGCGGUAUUAUUUUUUUUUUUGUAUCAUUUCCCUUGGUGCUUUUUAAAUAUUAAUUAUAUUUUAUACCUACAGUACAGGAAGUGAACUUGUGGCUUUAGAUAAUGUCAUUCAGUGUUAUCUAACACGGUGCAGAACUGUCUAUACAAACAAUUACCUGCAGAGUAUCUGUUGUAAUUUAACAAAUGGAUGAAGUGUUACUUUUUGCUUCAGCAUCAGUAGAUGUAAAUGCAUCUCUGUCACCCUGAUGAAGGAUGCUGUAAACUUCACAUGAUGCCUGUUUGAAAAUCAGCAGAAGCGGUUUAAUUAGUGACCUUGACUUUGAUUGUGAAAAGUGUUUGUUAACCAGCUGCUAUUAGAGGACGACAUCAAUCGCUAAGAGCUGUCAAAAGUCUGAACAAAUGUGACAUAUGCUAUCUGAAAAAACAACACUUUUUUUUUUUUUUGACAUGUGUAGGCAUUUUUCUUUCCAUCAGUGAGUAGCAUUUGCUGCAUUUGCAAAACGCCUCCAGUUUAUUCCCGAGGUUGAUGGAAAUGUAGCUGCUCCUCUGCAUAAAAAGAGGCGGUGCACUUUCUAAUACCUUUUCAAGCCUGGGUGGUGCACCUGUCUUUGCAAGUCCUUUUGUUCCUGAGAGCAGUGAGAGCACCACAGAUGCACCGGUGUCCCUCCUGAGGCACCGAGCAGCACCACAGCACUGCAAACUGUUUUUCUUUCAUUGUUGAACUUAAGCUGUUGUCAAGCUUGGAUUCUUCCCCCGUGUAGUCCCUGUUCUAACACAGUUACACACAAUAUGUGCAUUCAUGAGAUGUGAAAAGCUGUUUAAGAGUAUUUUAUUCAGCCAGCCGUUUCUCCUGUUAUCGCAGGCGGGUGUUUAUCCUCAUGAGGACAGGAAGAAUCUGUUUUCAUCUGAAUACUUGUAGACAAAACUGUGGUUUUACUUUGACUUUGUCCCCUUGAGGAUUCUAUACUUUAAAUGAUAAUUCUGGUUUAUUACAACUUUAGUCUUGUUUUUGUAGCUUCGGUCAUAAUUCCUUUAGUAAUAAUAAGUUGCACUGAUGAAAUUAAUUGCUAAAAUCUAAAAACCAUAAGCUACUGACUUACGGUAGCUGUGUACACACAGUUUUCAUUUACAGUGAGGGAUUAUUACAGAUAAUUUAGAAGUUUAGAAAGUGGUUUAGAUAAUCUGCAUAAACUGUUGCCAUGUUUUACAACUACGGUUGAGUUUAGACAGUAAUUAGGAUUGAAUCUGCUCAUCAAAUCCAUUUAGGUUCAGCUUUUUAAACAUUUUCUGUUCAAAAAAAAAAAUUAAAAUAACUUUUUAAAAAAAGAGUGAGGAGAGACAACAAAGUCAUAGGCGCUUAAAGCAGCAUUCAUUUAUUUAUUUUUUUGACACUUUUGCAGCGGAACAAGCUGAAAUAACACAUAUUAUCAUCUUAUAAAGUUAUGGAAAACAUGUUCAUUCAUUAUCAUUCAUUCUGAGUCAUGUUUCUGUCCUCCUAAUGAACAGAAGUCCAAUAUUCACUCUCCUUUUAGCUCCGUUUUUGGUCUCCACCACCUCCCCUAGGGAAAUAUCUGGCUCUUUACCUUCCUAGAAGCUCUUCUCUCUCUACCAAACUGUGUCUACUGUUUGGUGGGUUCAUCAGAGCUUUUCCCACUGAAAACAGCUGCAUUUUGCCCACUGGAAACACAGUUGAUGAGAGCUGCGAGACUGAACCAAAGUUUCGGGUGGUAAAACCAAAACAAUGAGCUGAAAGACACUAAAACGCUCUGUAGAGCUGAAGGCGGCUGCAGAGCGACUCUUUCACAUUACAACAGUCAGUUGAUCGGUUGUUAAUAUAACAUUUUGAUCAGUGCAGCUUUAAUGAAGCUCCUGUCAACCCGGAGCUGCUGAUGUCUCUGUGUUUCCAGAUCUCUACGGUGUCAUAACUGAAAGAAAUGACGGACUAAACAAGAUGUAAUAAACCAGAUUUAUCCUUCAAGCUUUCUUGGCAGCCUGUAGGCGGACAUUCCCGCAGUGGCACGUCUGUCUCUACACGCUCGUUGCAGUAAACGUUGUCACUCAUUAAUCUCGCUAAACG